CAAUUAAUAUGAAUAACAAUUGGUUUCAACUAAUCUAUUGUAUGCUGAUUGGAUUUCUCAUACUAACCAAUCAUAUUCAUUGUAUGGAAGCAGAUAAUGAGGCUUCAGAGUUGAGUGCAGAGAAACGUUUUCUGUUAGCAUUACCAACACCGAAACGAUUAAGUCAACCACCUUAUUCAUUCAAUCGAUACAGACGUCCAAUGUAUCGUUACGGUUAUGCGCCAGAUUAUUUGAAUAAUUUUGGUGUUGAUGAUGAUGAUAAUUUAUUCAGCGAAGAGAAAAGAUUUCUACUUGGUCUACCGCCUAAAGUUGAAUAUAAACGUUUUCUGCUCGGUCUACCACCAUCGUCGCAUAGACAUUAUAAUAAACGAUUCAUUUUAGGUCUACCAUCACCUACCAGAUAUCAUACAUAAUGAUCAAUAUCAUUAUAAUACAUUCAGUUUGCAUAAACGCAACAAAUAAACUGUACGUUUCUAAAAUAUACAUAUUAGUAUACAUUUACAACAACAACAGCGUAAAUCCAGACAUUUAUGUAUUCAUUAUUUAACAAUUCUGCCUGAAUAAUAAAAUUUAUCAGAAA